UCACCUCCCGUGACUGUCACGCGUCCGCGGCCCUCUCCCCCUCGACCAUGCUCGACGCGCCUCUCACAAACGGCAUCCAUCUCAACGGCCACCACGAUCUCAAACCUCCGCUCAACGGCGACCAUAACGAUACCGCCGACUCUCCCGCCAUUGACUCUCCUGCCACCCCUGUCAACGACGUGCUCGCCCCCGGUGUCAAGAUUGAUGUACACGACCAGGACCAGGAGGAGAGUGACGUUCGGCACGAACCUGUCGACAUGAAAAUUUCCCUAGCAGAGAAUGUGUCUACUAUCCCACAAGUGGCCACGCCUAUUGACCCUGCUUCUAUCCCAGUGAAUCCUCCAAAGGGCAGCCCUCCGCCACCAGAGGGUGAGCUUAUGCAGGAUGUGAAAAUGGCUGAAGAGCUACAAUCCGAGCCGGCCGAUGAUGCCAUGGUUGAGGCGGAUGCGCCAGCGCUCAACCAGGCUGUCCCUACUGCCUCUACCUCACUACCUGCUGUAUCUCCGAGCGCGCCUGCUGUCGAGGCUUCAUCCCCGUACUCUAAUAGUUCUCCUAAUGACGAUGAUAUACAACCACCUCCAGCUAAGAGAGCUCGGAAGCAUUCGGACGCAGACCAGGCCUCAUUAGCCAAUACUGCCACACCACCACCGGCCUCUAUGUCUCCUGCCCCUUUGCACGAGGACAGCUAUGACGCGAACAAGGCAAAAGGCCCUUCAACAUUCAGUGUCCCACAGCAUCGCUUCUGCGUGUCAACUAUCCGUACGCUGAAGAAGAUGAAAGCCGCUGCACCUUUCCUGAAACCCGUUGACGUCGUUGCAUUGAACAUCCCCCACUACCCACAAAUAGUCAAGCAACCCAUGGAUUUCUCGACGAUCGAACGGAAGCUGCAGUCGUCGACUCCACAGAAGUCUGAUCCGAACCCCUCUAACCCUCGCUAUCACCAUGCGGACGAGUUCAUCGCGGACGUUCGCCUUAUCUUCUCCAACUGCUUGGCCUUCAACGGCACAGACCACUUCAUCACUCAGCUCAGCAAGCAGGUCGAGGAGGUCUUUGACAAGCAGCUUAAGAAUUUGCCUCCGCCCGAUGUUGUGAAGCCGCCCCCACCUGUCAAAAAGGCUGCAACUCCUCCGCCUCCGCCCCCACCUGUCAAGAAGCCUGUUCAACGUCGCCCUUCUAACGCCAUGCCCACCAUCCGGCGUAACGAGGAUCCUGGGCGCCCCAAGCGGGAAAUCCAUCCACCUCCGCCAAAGGACUUGCCUUACGUGGACGCGCCGAAGAAGAUGCGGAAGCCCAAGGUGCCUAGAGAUAGCGGUGUAACGGAGCAGCUCAAGUUCUGCGACAAGGUGCUGAGGGAUUUGAACAAGAAGACACAUUGGAAUAUAGCUCAUCCAUUCUACGAGCCAGUGGACUGGGUCAAGCUCGAGAUCCCCUCGUAUCCGAAACUCAUCAAGAAGCCGAUGGACUUGUCCACAAUGCGGAGAAAGCUGGACAACAGCGAAUAUUCGACGCCUAAGGAGUUCAAUGACGACUUCAAGCUUAUAAUACGAAACUGUUUUACGUUCAAUCCUGCAGGCACGCCCGUUAACACUGCCGGCCAAGAGUUACAGCAACUAUUCGACGAGAAGUGGAAGAAUCUACCCCCACUGCGCCGUACUCCCGAAAGCGACGAUGAGGACGACGAGGAUGAAGCUGACAGUGACGAUGAGCUCACGGUAAUCACAGGAAAGAUAACGGAGCUUGAGUCCCAACUUGAGAGCAUGAACCGUGCCCUCGUGUCCUUGAAACAAAAGAGGGAGAAGCUCAUAAAGGAGAAGAAGAAAGCCAUUGAGAAGCGCCCACCUCCGCCUCCCGUCGCUUCAACGUCGAAAUCUACGCCGAAGACGAACGGCAAGACCGCACCACCGGUCAACCGUAAGAAGCCAUCGAAGAAGCCUAUUGAGGACAACGAUGUACUCUCCUUCGAGCAGAAGAAGGAACUCAGCGAUACUAUUGGCAAGCUGGACGGCCAGAAGUUAGAGAAGGUCAUCCAAAUCAUUCAUGAGGGUGUCCCCGAAAUCCGUGAUAGUACGGAGGAGAUUGAGCUUGAGAUUGACACUCUUCCUGCGGCUGUACUGACGAAGCUCUAUAACUUCGUCAUUCGACCGAACAAGCAGCCUCCUGCCAAGCGCGCGAGGACCGGCAAGGGCACGGGGACGGGCGGUCUCAAGCGGAAGUCCAUGGAUGAGGAUGUCGAAGCCGAGAAGAUUCGUGUCCUCGAAGAGCGUAUGGCGCUUUUCGAGCGGGGCGGUGCUGCUCCAGCUGCGGGCGUGUCUCAUGCACCUGUUACAUCACGCGGCGGUGUGAGUGACCACUCCUCGGAUUCCAGCUCGGACGAUAGUUCUGGCAGCGACUCGGAGUGAAUGUUGCCUCUCACACAGUCGCGCUUUCCCUGUGGUUGUAUAGGAUCAUCCUUACACUGGUUAUCUUGUCGUUGGCUCUCUUGUCUGUCGCACUUCCGCUUCUUUUGUUUCAUAUAUUAUUCUUCGAACACCUGUCCGCUCUCAGGCAAAAUUCUCGCGAUGUGUACCAGCUUUCCGUAUUAGUAGUUGCCUUAAGAAUCUCUUGUUACAUAGAACGCAUACAACCAGUCGGGGGUUCUCAAU